CGGAAAAAAAGAAAAAGCUCAAGGAUGUCUUCUACCUGGAGCAGAGGAGACACAUUUGAGGAUGAAGCUAAACUUCCUUUACUGCAACACACUCCUCCGGCUUCCGGUGAUACCCAGAUAGUUCAAGCAGUGGAGGACGAGGAAGAAGAUCAUCCUCCUCACGAUGAAUCACUCACAUCUCAGACCUUGCACGAAUCCAAGAAGCUCUGGAAGAUUGUGGGCCCCACCAUCGUCUUCCGUAUGGCUUCCUACUCCAUGAUCGUCGUCUCCCAGGCCUACGCCGGCCACAUCGGCGAUCUCGAGCUCGCUGCCAUUUCCAUCGGCUACAACGUCAUCAUGGGCUUGGAUUUCGGCUUGUUGUUGGGAAUGGCCAGUGCAUUGGAAACACUUUGUGGGCAAGCUUUUGGGGCUAAGAAAUACCACAUGUUGGGAGUGUACAUGCAAAGAUCGUGGGUUGUGUUAACGCUGUGCUGCAUUUUCUCGUUACCUCUGUUUCUGUUCGCCUCUCCGAUCAUGAAGUUCUUGGGGGAGCCUACGUCGGUGUCCGAGCUUACCGGUGUCGUGGCUAAUUGGAUGAUUCCCCUCCAUUUUUGUUUUGCCUUCGUUUUCCCGUUGCAGAGAUUCUUUCAAUGUCAGACCAAGACCGUGGUCCCUGCUUGGGUUUCUCUGGUGGCUCUGGGACUUCAUGUGUUCCUAACUUGGUUGUUCGUCGAUGUCUUCAACUUCGGAGUGAUCGGUGUCACUAUCACUUUGUGUUUGGCGUGGUGGAAUCUGGUGUUUGGAUUAAUGGGUUACAUCGUUUGUGGUGGGUGUCCUUUGACGUGGACUGGUUUCUCGAUUCAAGCUUUUUCUGGCCUCUGUGAAUUUCUCAAGCUCUCUGCUUCUUCUGGGGUCAUGCUCUGCUUGGAGACAUGGUACUACAGAAUUUUGAUCCUCAUAGCUGGAACUUUGAACAACGCAGAGCUUACUCUAGAUGCUCUAUCCAUCUGCAUGUCCAUUAAUGGCUGGGAGAUGAUGAUUCCCCUCGCUUUCUUUGCAGCCGCUGGAGUUCGGGUGGCGAAUGAACUUGGAGCAGGGAAUGGAAGAGGAGCCAAGUUCGCAACAAAUGUAUCCGUACUGACGUCCUUAGCCAUUGGAGUGGUAUUCUGGGUUCUGAUAAUGUUAUUCGACUACCAAAUUGCCAGCUUCUUCUCUUCCAGUGAAUCUGUUCUGCAAGCAGUUUUAGAUCUGAAGCUCCUCUUAGCUUUCACCGUGCUUCUCAACAGCGUUCAACCAGUUAUCUCAGGUGUUGCUGUGGGAUUGGGGUGGCAAACAUACGUGGCUUACAUAAACCUGGGCUGCUAUUAUUUGAUCGGCCUUCCACUUGGAUAUCUCCUUGGCUUCCACUUCAACCUUGGCGUCCCGGGGAUAUGGAGUGGAAUGUUGUGGGGUGGCACUGGGACUCAAACCCUAUUGUUAGGCAUCAUGAUCCUUCGCUGCAACUGGGAGAAAGAGGCGGAGAGAGCUAGGAGACACGUAGAGAAGUGGGAUACCGAGAACAAGUUAGAUCCUCCAACCUUGACAUCGACCAUCCACCACUGAAUUUCUUUUUCUUUCUUUGUUGUUUUCCUUGCUUUGUCAACAUUUCACAUUAUGUGAAUUUAAGCAAACAAAAAAUAAUUUACAUAUAUUAUUCUUUUUA